AAUUGUAUCCGAGAGCCGCCUUGAACUGUUUUUUUUGUUGGACACUCGCGGAUCGAGGACAAAUGGCACAAGUUGGUGAAACAGAAGUAGUCGCUGGAAAUGUGCGAGAUAUUGUGAAUCGACUUUCCCGAGAUAUGACAAAUCGAAAUCCAUUUACAGUACAUCAACAGGUGGAACGGAGAGCUCCCCCUCCACAACCACAAGCUCAAAUAUACGUGGCCACGUAUGCCUACAGCUCAAAACAAGACGAUGAGCUAAGCUUUGUCGUCGGAGAUCUCAUCGAACUGAUCUCUGAUGUUGAAGAUGGCUGGAGUAAGGGAAAACUCAAGUCGACUGGAGCCGUCGGAAUGUUCCCGACGAAUUUUGUGACGUUGAAGCCUACGCCGAGCACAUCUGCUGCUGCAGUUGCUCCAGCGGCUAGUGCAUCAACUUCGGCGGGCUCAGCAGCUCGAACUCCGGCAAAAUCGAUUGGAAGUGAAGUUGUGAUGAGAAGCGAGCCGAAAGCUAUUGAUAGAACUCCGUCGACGAUAAUCUCGGACCCGGCUCCAGUGCUCAAAGCCUUGGAAACCAAAUUCAGCAGCACAUUUGCGAGCUCUGCAGCCUCGGCGAGCACAGACGCAGAAACUACGAAAACGAAAGAAAUGGCUCGCGUGAAAUUUGUCUACAAUCCCCAACACGAUGAUGAGCUGGCUCUUAAGGAGAUUGAUAUGCUGAUUAAUAUUACAAACAAGAACUGCGGUGACGCUGGAUGGUUUGAAGGUGAACUGCACGGAAAGAAGGGCUUAUUUCCGGAUAAUUUUGUCGAAUUGGUUCAAGUCCCACUGGGAACGGAAUCCGGUGCCAGACAUGGGUCGAUUUCACGUCAGGCGACAUUGACGUUUGUCUCUCACAAACCACCACCAGUCAAUCCACCACAACCGGCUGUUCCACCGAAACCCGCGAAAAUUUCAGUGGCCGACCCACCACCUUCUACCAUAGCUCCAGCUGCUCCAUCUGCUCCAGCUCCAGCUCCUUCUCAACUGAAUCCCACAUCCACCUCACCAACAAUGCCAGCCAUUGCUCCGUCGUCUUCGGCUUUGAAGAGCAAUUUUGCGGCGCUUCAAGAGAAAAUGUCACGGAAUCUGAAAGUCGUUGCACCGGAAAAAGUCGCGUCAAUUCAAAAACCGGAUCAACGAGAUCGUUCUUCAACUGGUGAAUCAACUACCGGAGAGCCAUCAAUCGAUAAUUCAGCCACUGAUCAGGUCGCCGAACUGCAGCAUAUCACCAAAAAUCGGGCUCGUCCUCCGAAGAAUCGGCCUAUGAGCAUGGUCAUGAACCGUAAUCGGUCAUCUGAUGAAUCUCCAAAUGGACGACUAAGCUCUCCAACUUCAAUUUCUACAGUCAAUCCAAUGUCUGCAUCAAUGUUUGUCCCAGCAACUGCCAAAGAAAUUUCGAUUCCAUCAAAUAGCAGUGCCACGUCAUCACCAUUCAAGAGCUCUUCAAUUGCUCCGCCAUCUUCUGCAUCAAAACCGGCACUUCGUCCCAUUCCAAGUAAUUCGUUGGCUGAUGAUUCCACUUCCUCCACCUCUGCAAUCAGAAAAUUGGCAUCUCCAGAUAGUCAAAAAUCGCCAAAUCUUCCGCCAUCAGACUAUGUCAGCCGUGCCGAAUACGAUGCCCUUCUCGAUAGAUUCCGUGCUCUGGAAUCACGAGUUCUCGCCAUUGAAAAGAUUCGAUUCUAGCCAUUUUCCUCAUUCAUCCAAUUAUUCGUGUAAAUUGUGCCCCCCAUCUCUUCUCUCUCUUCCCCAUUCACCCAGUGCAAUAUAGAUUCUCGAAGCAUAUAAAGAGAGAGUAUCAAAUUGUCCUGUGAUCCUUUGUUUUUUUUUUUGGAAAUUCUCAUUCAACCCACACCCCCGAUUCGUUUGUAUUGAUUCACUUAUCAUUGCUCCAAAUAUUAUACAAUUUUUGCGAUUUUUUGUGCUAAAAUUACAGUACCACGGAGUCUCGACGCGACAAAUUUUUGUUUCAAAUUUUGCCAGAAAUGCUAGAAAACAGCCCCAAAAUAUCAAAUUCACUUGUAAAAUUUUUAGAAUUUUUCUAAAUUUUUAAUGUUUAUUUUUGCAAUUUUAAGGCAAAAAUUCGAAUUAUUUUUAAAUCCCCUUGCAAACAAAUUUGAAUGGGUUUUCUUCAUAUUUUCUCGGAUAUUUGAUUUGAAACACAAUUUUUCGAAUUUUCAGACGUUUUUUCGGCUUAAAAGUCGAUUUUUUCCGAAAAAAAGGUCUGAAAUUUUGUGUUUCAAAUCAAAAAAUUCGGGGAAUUCAAAAAUAAUUUGGUAAUUGAAAAUUGCGUCGUAAAAUUGAUUGUGAGAAAAAAAUCUAGAAAAAUUGUAAAUAUAAAUUCUUCAAAAAUUACACUUUUUUUCGAGUCGCUGCAUCAUGUUUAAAGGCGCACAUCCUCUUGAAAAAAUUUGUCGCGUCGAGACCAAGUAUUUCACAUCCGCUUCAUUUUCUCGCUUUUUCUUUUUUUUCACACAUUGUUGCUCAAAACGGCGUUCUUCUCUUCCCCCACUCCUCUCCCCCACAUUUGGCCAGUCAGCAGGACCUAAAGAUGUAUCUCUUGGUCACCCGUUUUUAAAAAUUUUUUAUAAUGGUUUAUUGUUUCUUUAUUUCAUUUCUUCUCGGCCACACACACACAUACUAUAAAUGUUAUUGUGAUUUUUAUUUUUAUUAUUAUGUGUUGAUUAACGUAAAUUUUAUUCAAAUUUU